AGCUGGUAUGGUUCUGAUUAGUGCUGUUAGAGGGGUGUAAUGGUCCAACCCUCAGUGUCCACCAAUGGAAAUAUGGGCAGGGCUCAACACCCAUCUUUGGGUCUCUUGCUAUAUAACCGGCGUAAAGCCCUACGGUUCAUCUUGUGUAACAUAAGGCUAAUUAACGCGCGCUACAGCUUUUUUGAAGAGUCUUUCUGUUGCAUAUUAAAUGACUUCCAGGCUGGAUAACAAGUGUAACUUGGUUCAAAUGAAUGGGAAUGGAGUCCACGGGAAAGGAACUGUCAAUGGCAAAAGCCUGAAUGGGACUGGAGUCAGUGGGAAUGGAGUAGUACAUGGGAACAGCAUCCACCACGUCAGUGUGAAUGGCAGUUUGUAUCCGUCCAAAACCAAGAGCCGCAGGCAGAGAUGGGAGGUGAAGCCCUCGGAGAUGGCCAAUAACACGCUCAAUCCCAUCAGAGCCAUCGUGGAUGGGAUGAAGCUCACUCCGAACCCGGAUAAACCCAUGAUCGCACUUUCCAUAGGGGAUCCCACUGUGUUUGGAAACAUGCCUACAGACAUUGCUGUACUGCAGGCCAUGAAAGACGCCAUAGACUGCCAGAAAUACAACGGCUAUGCUCCUUCCGUUGGUUAUCUGAAGAGCCGACAGGCAGUGGCCAACUUUUACACCUGCCCUGAGGCUCCCCUAGAGGCAGAGGAUGUCAUUUUAACCAGUGGCUGCAGUCAGGCCAUUGACCUGGCUAUCAGUGUCCUGUGUAACCCAGGGGACAACAUCCUGGUCCCAUGCCCAGGCUUCUCUUUAUAUAAGACUCUGGCUGUCUCCAUGGGCAUCGAGGUCAAACUCUACAACCUGCUGCCAGAGAAGUCAUGGGAGGUUGACCUGAAACACUUGGAGAGCCUGAUUGACGAGAGGACAUCCUGUCUGAUCGUUACCAAUCCAUCCAACCCGUGUGGUUCUGUGUUCAGCGAGGAACACCUACAGAAAAUCCUCAAAGUGGCCUCCAGACACUGCAUUCCCAUUCUGGCUGAUGAAAUCUACAGCAAUAUGGUUUUCCCAGGUUGCAGUUGUCCUUCCAUGGCGUCUCUCAGCAGUGACGUUCCCAUCCUUUCCUGCGGUGGCUUGGCUAAGCGCUGGCUGGUCCCGGGUUGGAGAAUGGGAUGGAUCCUCAUCCAUGACAGGAAUGAUAUAUUUGGAUCCAAGAUUCGACAGGGUCUGGUGAAACUGAGUCAACGUAUUCUGGGAGCCUGCAGUAUCAUCCAGGGUGCCCUGGAAAGCAUCCUCAACAACACACCUCAAAGCUUCUACAACAACACCAUUCACUUUCUGAAGACCAACUCUGAGAUUUGUUUCAGUGAGCUGUGCACCGUCCCUGGCCUGAACCCGAUCAUGCCUUCAGGAGCCAUGUACCUCAUGGUGGGGAUUGACAUGGAUCGCUUUCCAGACUUUAAGAGCGAUGUGGACUUUACUGAACGGCUGGUGACCGAGCAGUCUGUCUUCUGUCUGCCUGCCUCAGCGUUUGAGUAUCCUAACUUCUUUCGCAUUGUGGUGACCGUGCCAGAGGAGAUGAUGGUGGAGGCUUGUGGUCGGAUCAAGGAGUUUUGCGAGCGCCACUAUUGUUCCGGCAGCCACGACAGCAAUUAUCUGGACCAGUGAUGCGGCGGAGCUGGACCAGUCUGACGCCAUGGGCCUCAUGGAGACCAAAGCCCAGAGGAUGCUAGCCACAUACUGUGUACUGAGCUGGAAUCAGCUUUAAAAUGUUAUUCCACUAUGUUAGGAAAUUAGAGCUGUAGAAAUCUGAUGUCAAAACUGUGGUAAUAAUGUCAUCACUGUGGCAACAAAAAGCUUGGAAGCAACAUAACUGAUGGUCCAUUGAUGGUGUAAUUUUUCAUGUAAACCAUAUGAAAUGAGUAAGAACUAAUAUUUAUAUUUUAUACAGGCAACAUAUAUUACUUUUUUUGUGUAAUGCUUUGUAUGUCUAUAAAUGUACUCUGAUAUAAACUGCAGGAUCGUAGACUGUGCAUAGGGACAAAGCGCUUCACGUCAUACUCCGCGUUAUUAUGGAACCCAUGCAACUUCUAGGCAAGACCUGCCCUUCAAUAGCAUUCUCACACUACUAUUGGCCAGGCGUCCAUGCUCAAGGUCAAUGGCAUCCAUAAUAACGUGGAAUUGACGAGAAGGCAACUUCACGCAAUAUAAGUCAAUGGAGAGCAGAGAGUUGUUUUCCCCUCCAGUGGUGGCAGUUCCUAAAUGUCAUCUGUCUCUAUACUGUCACACACCAGCUGGCUUCUUUUCUGAAUUGAAUAUAUAUUUCAAUAUGCAUUUUUAUAGACAUUAUUAUUGAUAAUCUUCUGCAUACUUUGCUUGUGCUAGAAAAUGACUUUCAAUGCCACAUUAGACUCCUUUGGCAUGCCUUUUAAGCAGAACCUUCUCUGUAUGUUUGCUUUGUUUGUAUAUUAAUUGUGUCAUAUUAAAUCAUAUUACAUAUGUAUAUAUAUUU